AAUGUGUUGUUUUUUGCCUGCAGAAAGAAGCUUGAGGACAGCACACGUUGCUCGCUCUGCAGCAGGCACUGGAACACUCACCAGGAGGAAUUCCAAGUCAGGAGAGUGGCAACGGUGGUUGAGGUGAGCAGGUGUCCAUGAAUGAUCCCAAGAAAUGAUGGCUGACCAGCCGCCCCCUCUGGAAGCCACACCUCUGCUGAAUGAAGUGCCACUUCUACCUCACAUGGUCAACGGGGACAGCAUCCAGCAGGUGAUUCUUGUCCAGGUAAACCCAGGUGAAACAUUUACAAUUACAACUGAAGAUGGACACAUUCAGUGCAUUCAAGGUCCAGCACACGUCCCUAUGAUGUCACCAAACGGUUCCAUGCCGCCGAUUUUUGUGCCUCCCGGUUACGUAUCUCAGGUGGUGGAAGAGAACGGGGUUCGGCGAGUGGUGGUGGUGCCCCACUCGGGGGAAUUCCAUCCUUCCAUGCAUCCCCCUCCUCCUCCCCCUCCUCCCCAUGUACCCCAUUACAUGCACCACCCUCAUGCCCUGCUGCCACCCCCCCCUCACCCCGUGUUCCCCGCCGUGCCCGGCACAGGAGAGCUCCCACCUCAGUUCAUGCACCAGCCCCCGCCACCACACGUGUUCCAGGAGCAAGAACCUCGUUCCCAUGGAAGGACAAACUUCAUCCAGAGGGAUGAGAGGAGUCUCAAAAUGCAGGAACACCUCAAGAAGAGGCUAAAGGACAGACAAGCCAGUGGUCACACCAACAAUAAACUGAACAGCCCUCCCUCAUCACCACAUAAAGUCCUUAAUUCUUCCAAUGCCACAAUUCCCAAUGGGAAUGGCAAGGGCCAGCAAGGGGCAGUUGGAGCACUAAAGCAGAAGCAGAUAGGAAAAACAAAGGGCACUCCAGAGGCUGAGAUGGGAGAAUCUGACACAGAAUCCAGGAAAUGUGAUACUCACUUGAGCAUUGGCAAGCCAGUCGUUUCUGAUAUACAAGCAAGAUCAGCCGUUCUGUCCUGGAAUCUCCCAGUUAGUUCACAGAAUGGAGAGAGCCAUAGUCAUAGUCCAGCAGCAUUUACAUUUGAAGUAGCAAUAUCCAACAGUGGUAAAAAUGGAAAAUUUAAAUCUGUCUAUGUUGGGGAAGAAUUAACAAUUACACUUCCUGAUCUCAGACCAGCCACUGAUUAUCAUGCCAGAGUUUCAGCUACCAGCAGUUCCAUCAAAGAAACCAUUUCAGAACUGGUGAGCUUCACUACAGAGAGUUGUGAGCCAGACUGUCCAGCUGCCCCAAAACUGAUUAACAGAACCAAAAACAGCCUGAGCUUGCAGUGGAAGUCCUCAAAUGACAAUGGUUCCAAAAUAACUAAUUUUCUUUUAGAAUGGGAUGAGGGGAAGAAUGGCCCCUUCAAGGAAUGUUACUACGGACACCUGAAGCAGUACAAGCUCACCAAGCUCGCUCCCUCCACAAGAUACUCCCUCAGACUGGCUGCUAAAAAUGACAUUGGAAUGAGUGGGUUCAGUGAGACGGUGACGUUCGGCACAGCCGGGGUGGUGCCGCCAGCCCCGGCACCGCCCGCGCUGCUGGAAGCAGGAGUGACCUGGAUGGCCCUGGGAUGGAGCCCUCCUGCAGGAGGGGCCUUGGAUGACUCCCUCACCUACAGCCUGGACAUGGAAGAAGAAGGUUCUGGCUAUGGAUUCCAGCCCCAGUACAAUGGAGAUGAGCUCUCAUGCACUUUAAGAAACCUGAGGAGGAGUACAUCCUAUAAGUUCAGGCUCUUUGCCUACAACAGUGAAGGAAAAAGCAGUCCCAGUGAGGUGGUGGAGCACAGCACCAAGCCUGACAGACCUGGAGCUCCGAGUAAACCUGUUGUAAAGGGCAAGAUCCAUCCCCACAGUGUGAGAGUCACGUGGGAACCCCCCAAGGAUAAUGGAGGAUCAGACAUUUAUAAAUACUUCUUGGAAAUCUCUGAGGCAUCAGUUGGAGCGAGGUGGGAGCCCAUUUACAGCGGAGCCCAGCGGGAACACGUCUGUGACCACCUCAGGCCUGGCACCUCCUACAGACUCCGGGUGUCCUGUGCCAGUAAAGGUGGGGAGAGCCAGGCCUCUGAUGUCACGACUGUCACGACGGCGGCCGUUCCCCCUGGGCCCUGUCCUGCCCCAGCCCUGGUGGGCAAAGCCAAGCCCAAGGAAAUCACUUUGCAGUGGGGCCCCCCAGCUGUGGAUGGAGGCUCUGAGAUCACAGAGUAUCUCCUGGAGAUGGCCAGCUCGGAGCAGGAGGAGCGCAGGGUGGUUUAUCAGGGCCCAGCAGCUGAGUUUGGAGUGACCAACCUGCUCCCAGGGAGAACCUACAGCUUCUGGCUCCGGGCAGGGAACAAAGUCGGGUUUGGCCCCCACUCUGAGAAGGCAGAGCUUUGCACUGCUCCAGGACCCCCUGAGCAGUGCUGCAAACCCCUGAUAACCUGCAGAAGUGCAACUUGUGCUGUGGUUUCGUGGGAGAGCCCGGCGUGCAACGGAGCAGAAAUCACCGAGUACAGGCUGGACUGGGGCCAGGUGGAGGGGUCCAUGCACAUCAUCUACACUGGCCCCUGCCAGAGCUAUGAGGUCAAGGGGCUCAUACCUGCAACCACCUAUUACUGCAGAGUCCAGGCUGUGAACGUGGCUGGGGCGGGGCUGUUUGGGGACACGGGCAUGGUGACCACGCCUCCAUCAGUGCCCGCAGCCGUGGCCGUGCUCCACUUACUUGAAGAGGAUCAGAUGGAAAUUUCCCCUCCUUUCUCCACGUGCCUUGCAAUCCAGUGGGAAGAGCCCUGCUGCCACGGGGCAGAGAUCACAGGGUACAACAUCGAGUAUGGGGAGAAGCAGCUGGUCACUGUGGGGAGAAACACGACCCAUGUCCUUGAGAAUCUGCUGCCUGACACCCUGUACAGGAUCAGGAUACAGGCCAUCAACAGCUUUGGAGUUGGUCCUUUCAGUCAUUCCAUGAAAGCCAAAACCAAACCACUACCUCCUGACCCUCCCCACCUGGAAUGUGUGGUCUUCAGCUACCAGAGCCUUAAACUGAAAUGGGGAGAAGGGCCCAGCAGAGCUUUAAUUCCCAACCCUACUCAGUUCAACCUGCAGAUGGAGGACAGGUUUGGCAGGUUUGUGACAGUCUAUAAUGGUCCCUGUCACACCUACAAGGUGCAGAGGCUCAGCGAGUCCACCACGUACCAUUUCCGCAUCCAGGCGUACAACGAUGCUGGGGAAGGAGCCUUCUCGGAGGUUGUGGGGCUUUGUCUGGGUGUGAAAAAGGCUCUUUUUGUUGUCAUCACCUCCUGCACUGCAGCUCUUCCAUCCCUGAACUGA